AUGCCUGACGAUACCAGCUCGACGGUCGAGAACGUUCGCGUUGUAGUGCGCGUGCGUCCUAUGGAUCAUAGGGAGAGGCUGGAUGGGGCGUCGAGCUGCGUAUCAGUUGACGGUGUGAACGGAACCAUUGCGGUCACUAGAAGCAGUACGAACACCCCAGAGCCGCCUAGAAUAUACGCCUACGAUGCGGUCUUCGACAGUGAUACUAGCCAGAUGGAUAUAUAUAUCCAAACGGCUAGCCCCAUCGUGGAACAAGUUCUACGUGGGUAUAAUGGGACUAUCUUCGCCUAUGGUCAAACUGGUACAGGCAAGACUUACACGAUGGCUGGCAGCAACUCAGCCCCUGAGCUUCGCGGCAUCAUACCUAACUCUUUCGCUCAUAUAUUCAGUCAUAUUGCGAAAUCCAAGGACGAUGAGAAGUUUUUGGUAUGUGUGACGUAUUUGGAAAUUUACAACGAGGAGGUCCGCGACCUUCUCGGGAACAAUCCUCACCAGAGCUUGGAGGUCAAGGAAAGGCCAGACAUCGGCGUAUUCGUUAAAGAUCUCACUGGAUAUGUGGUCCAUAAUGCUGAUGAACUCGAGAAGAUUAUGGCUGUCGGUAAUAAGAACAGACACAUCGGCGCUACAGCUAUGAACAUAGAAAGUUCUAGAAGCCACGCUAUCUUCUCUAUAACUGUAGAGAACAGCAAGCGUGGCGCGGACGGGAAGAUGCAUGUUAAGAUGGGGAAACUACACCUUGUGGAUCUGGCGGGUUCUGAACGCCAGAGUAAAACGCAAGCUACAGGAACACGUCUAAAGGAAGCUACAAAAAUCAAUCAAUCACUAUCUGUACUUGGCAACGUAAUAUCAGCGUUGGUUGAUGGAAAGUCCACGCAUAUACCUUAUAGGAACUCCAAAUUGACUAGAUUACUGCAGGAUUCUUUGGGAGGAAACUCCAAAACUGUUAUGAUAGCGACGGUGGGACCAGCGGAGACGAAUUACGUUGAAACUAUUAGCACUCUGAGAUACGCGAACAGGGCGAAGAACAUCGAGAAUAAGACGCACGUGAAUAGUGAGCCGGGAGACGCGCUACUUACUAGAUUCCAACAAGAAAUAGAUCAACUCAAAAAGCAGUUGGAGGAAAAUACAAACGAGGUAGAAGAAGAGGGUGAAGAAGAAUUAUCAGAAUUAUCAGAUGAUACUCUGACAGACUCGGAGUUAGAUGCACUGGACCCAGAAGAAAAGAAAAUGGAAAAGAGACUUAGGAGAGAAGAGAAGGAGAAAUUGAACCAGGAGAAAGUACAUCAAGCAAGGAAGGUUCUUGAAGAGAAAAAGGCGGAACUACAACGAACUAAGAAACAGCAGGAGGAAUUACGCGAUAAGCUGCAACGCCUGGAAUCCAAGGUUUUAGUUGGAGGAGAGAAUCUGCUGGAUAAGGCAGACUGUCAAAGAAGACUUCUGGAAACAGCUGCUAAAGAGCUGGAAUUAAGAGCAAGGAACGAACAACGACUGAGAGAUGAUUUGCAGAAGAAGGAGGCGGAACGUUUAGACCUGGAAGAGCGUUACUCCAGCUUGCAAGAAGAGAACACAGCUAAGACACGCAAGCUAAAACGAGCUGUUCAGCUGUUGAAUUCAGCUAAAGCUGAGCUGGCUGACCAGCAGCGCGAACAACAGAGGGAAAUGGAGGGAAUACUUGAUGGUGUGAGGGCGCUGAGAAGAGAACUACAGCUGGCAGAGAUAGUGCUCGACGCUUAUAUACCCAGGGAGUACCAGGCGCUGAUUGAGCAAUACGUGCAUUGGAACGAACAGUUGGGUGAAUGGCAAGUGAGGUGUGUGGCUUACACCGGAAACAAUAUGGCGCCCGGACCACCAGCCGCCAAGAGCCAUCAUCACGAGCCACCAGAUCUAUCAGAUCGUUACUUAUCAUACUCAUCUGUGUCGGGGAGAGGGUCCCGACUGGCGCGGGCAGCGUCCGCCGUGCCCAGACCACACACCGCGCUACGACAGAGACAGUGA